GUUUGUCGGUAGCUUUCUUGCAAUAGAUUGUUGUUCUGCUCUACGUUCUUUAACCUCCAAGCUUGAUAUAUUCCGUAAAAGAAAUAAAGAAUCAAGCAUUGAGAUCGUGAGUUUUACAUGAACAUUUAGCCUCGUAGACGCUCAAGUAAGAUACCUCCUCCGCUUUUUGGGUAACAUAUUUUAUUGGUACUUACGGUAUAUUAUUGUCCUUUUGUGUGCAAUUUUGGUAAAAAAAUGGCAGAUUAGAUGCAGCUCUUCUCUUCUUUUCUCUUCUCGCCGCAUAUCGCCAAAAUCCUGACGACAAGCUGUGAAAGAUGCAAUUGCAGAGACAAGCUCAUUUCAAAAGUGCGCUAUCAAUCAUGGCGUUUCUCUUGUAUGCGAUCAUGGCGGCAGUGUCAAACCAGCACAUGUACAACGUACGAAAAAAAGUGUCAAAGGUAUAGAAUGAUAGCAAAAGCAAUCAAAUUUUUAACUUACCCUCCAGAAAAACAAUUUGGUGGAUGAGUGACAAACAUGCACGCCGCAAAGCAAAACCUUUCAUUCUAUCCCUCUAGCGAUCAGAAUGAAGGCCUGAGCCAUAAUCAUGCACUUCGUACUUUGAAUCCCCGAUUUACACAUAAUGACGUAUCAGUCAAAAUUAAAAAAAAACUUUUUGAUCAUUUGGUUCUGUAAUCCAAAAAAGUAUAAAAGAAUUGAAAGAUAGUCCAGUCACUAUAAACCCAGUGUGAAAAACAGGGGACUCUUGCUCCUAGGAUGGGACUGUUGGUUUUUCACAGUAAAUAGUGCAUUGCGUGCAUUGAAUUUAUCGCUGAAGCUUUGCAUCUACUGGUACAGCUUGAAUGCUCUUUCAUCAAAGAUAGCUGCUCAUAUUGUUGUACAUUGUACCUUCUAAAGAUCCCUCGGCCGCCAAAUCUAAAAAAAUGCCUGAAUGUGAGAUGUACAAGGUGUUGUAAUGGGCGUUAGAGCGCGCUUUGUUUAUUACUUAUCAUUAAUUGACAGUUGAGAUACCUAUGUCAAGAGCUUGCAUGAGCUCAUGGCUUUUCACGGGCUUAUCUUGGCCAGAUCUUUGCUUGUUAUCUGUAGUGAUGGGACAAUUACCAGCACAUCUUGAGAUUAAAAAUGAUACUCACAUAUAUCAACUUUAACAUUCCAGCUGAUGAAGAAAAUUUAACCAUAGUAUAAAGUUAAAUGUACGAUUUGACACAUCCUCAUGAUGCUUCAACGUAUACACAACAAUGAUAAGGAUACACACCACUGUCGCUUGAUCUCACUUUGCAUUAUGCAUCCGACUCCUCAAUCACGACAUCGACUACCUACCCCCUAAUUGCCAGCUAGUGGAACAAGUAUCGUCAAUGCGCAAGUUCAUCCUUCUCCUCGUGAUUAUCGUCAACGGCGUCCUCUCGACACCUUUCUUUAUAGAUGAGUUGGAGUCCGAACCGAGAGUUUUUGCGCAGAGAGGCAGUAAUACAAAUCGUAUGCUCCAAGCAGGCGAACACGUCCAUGCUUUAGACGAAGAGCGAAGGCUGGUGGUUGGUUUCAAGGCCGAGGCGCUAGGUCAUUUGAAAGCGAAGGUUAAGUUACCAAUUUCUCGAAUCAAGAAUUGAUUUUACAAGCUGAAAGCGAGGCUCAGAUUCGUAUGGACAACGUUUAAGUCUGCUUAUCGUGAUACAGAUAAGA